AUGUCCAACCCCGCUAACGCCUCGUCCACAGACAACACCACGGAGCUGAACGGCUCUUGGGUGGAGUUAGAGAUGCACAGAGCCUCGUCUGCCGCCCCUGACCCGCUCUCCUUGUCUGGGACCCCACUGCUGCCUCUGCCCCAGGUGGAGGAGGAGGAGGAGGAGGCCAUGGGAGGAGGCCUGGAGCACGUGCCGUCCUCCUCCUCCAUCCACAAGGGAGACAUGGAGAAGAUCCUGCUGGACGCACAGCACGAGUCCAGCCGCAGCAACUCCUCCUGCGACAGCCCGCCGCGGCCUCCCAGCCCGCAGGACGAGGGACAGAUCAUCUUUGACGUGGACGCCAGGAGAGACAGCCAGUCGGAAGCGGACAGCCUGGAGAAGGAGCGGGACAUGGACAUCCUGAUGAAGGAUGCAGACUGGGUGGCCGACUGGUCCAGCCGACCCGAAAACAUUCCCCCGAAGGAGUUCCACUUCCGUCACCCGCGCCGCUCCGUCACUCUGAGCAUGAGGAAAACUGGAGCCAUGAAGAAAGGCGGGAUCUUCUCCGCAGAGUUCCUUAAAGUCUUCAUCCCGUCUCUGGUGCUCUCACACAUCCUCGCCCUGGGCCUCGGUGUGUACAUCGGAAAGCGUCUGACCACGCCACCCACCAGCUCCUUCUGA